AUGGUGAUUGCGGUGAAGUACAGAGUGGCCACAAUACUAUUGCAAUGCGCUGUGAAUGAGGGCGAGCUGUGCGGCGCGAAUGGCCUACCGAUGACCCCGUCGUCCAUCGCAAUGAUCGGUAACUUCAAGUCUGUGAUCGACGCCAACAAUCGGCUCAUGAGUUACAAUCAGUUCAAUAGAUAUUUGACCAAAUAUUUGGAUUGUAUUAGAAAUAAGAAGGGUAUGUAUAGUACCGGUGCACUACCCCUCCCCUCCAGUCCCACCCCCAGUGCCGACCGGUCAUUAACCCCCCGCCCGGCCGUAGAGAAAUUGACGUUAAUUUUUGAGCACUACUUAUCGCCGAUACCCGUCGAUGACAUGGAUGUGUUGGCCACCAAUACGUUACUCGGUUUAUAUCACUUGCAUUACAAUAUUGGUUGCGUUCACGGCUUGAUUACGCCGGCGGCCAUCGUAUGCGACGGCCAGCGGACCGUCAAACUGACCCAUUGGGCGCUUAACGCCAUCACCGAUUUGGGCAAACACUGUGACACUAAUAUGAUUAUACCAUAUGACACCCGAUUCCUGCCAUACGAGCAACUCUUCGGCAUAACAGUUGUCAAGAAGUCCGAUGUGUGGUCACUGGCGCUCACAUUACUGGCGCUCAUUCAGCCCAACAUUAAACUAUCAGACAAUCCGUCGGAUAUAGUGUCGUGUCUUAACUCGAAGGAAGUGCUCAUCAAAGUAGAGGCCGAUAUCACAAAACUGCCACAAAAAUGGCAAACGUUUUUCCUUUCAGCCCUACAGCCGAAGCCAUCGGCCAGAGGGACAGUGAAGGAGUUGUUGAAGAUAUUGGACAUUCCGGUGCCCGAAACGGAUUGUCAGCAGUUGAACGACAUGUUACAGUCGCCCAAAAUGGACACCGAGUGCUACGACAAGGACCCGAUCACAAUCCACGAGAUCUAUCACUUGUAUUGUCUCGCAUUUCCCACCAUUAGAGACCAGUAUCAGGAGAAGCGUUACAAAAAGCCGCCGAUUCUGACCAUACCGUCGCUGGUCUUACGGGACGACAAGAACACCGGCGGCGAUACCGUAAAGCCGAAGAGCUUUCUCAAACUGCCGCCAAAUAACGAGUUAAAACUGUUGCCGAUUGACAAACUGGUCGAACGGCUCAAUCAAUUGCCGGCCGACGUGUUCUGUCCGCUGGUAUUGACGCCCGGCUUCAACGCCGUAUGGAAUUCGCCGAAUCUGCCGAUCGGUAUUCGGGAAAACGAUUUCGACUAUCAGUGCGAAAGGAUUAUGAUUUUUAGGCGUCUCAUCGAAGGCGCGCCCUUCACGCGCACACAACUGCUGUCGUGCGCCAAAGUGGACAUUCCGCCCCUCUAUCGGCCCCAGACGUGGGCACACAUACUGAACGUGAAGUGGACGGAUCUGUUGGCCUACGAGCGCGUCGACAAACUGACGGCCACUCAAACGGACCGACAGAUCAGUGUCGACAUUCCCCGGUGUCAUCAGUACAACGACCUCUUGGCCUCACCGCAGGGCCACCAGAAGCUGACCCGAGUGCUCAAGGCUUGGCUCAAACACAACGAGACCAAAGGCGACGUGUAUUGGCAGGGCUUGGACUCGUUGGCCGCGCCCUUCGUUAUCAUCAACUUCAACAACGAGUCCCAAGCGUUCGCCUGUUUUAACGCUUUUACCCAUAAAUAUCUGAAAGGUUUUUUCCAACGAGAUAACAGCGCUGUGAUACAGGAAUAUUUGGCCCUAUUCUCGAUCGUGAUCAAAUUUCACGACCCAUCGCUGGCCAACCAUCUCAAUGGCCUACAGUUUGUGCCCGACCUGUUUGCCAUACCCUGGUUUCUCACUAUGUUUACACACGUACUGCCAUUGCAUCAGAUCAUGCACUUGUGGGACACACUCUUGUUAGGCAAUGAGUCGUUUCCGUUGUUUAUCGGUCUCUCGAUAUUGAAUCAAAUGCGGGACCAAUUGAUGUCCUUUACGUUCAAUGACUGUAUACUCGUGUUCUCGGAUUUGCCGCAAAUCGAUAUCAAUAAGUGCGUAAAGUAUGCCAUCAAACAGUUCUGCGCCACACCUAAGAGUGUCGCUCAACGCGGUCUGUGGCCUCUGGAACAGCUCAAAGCGGACAACUGUCCCCUCAUCGACGUGUCCGAUGUGGUGGCGUUGGCCACGAAGGGCGACAAAUCGUCGGCCAAAGUAGUGAUCAUUGACUGUCGACCGAAGCAUGAGAUUCUCAGGUACGGCAAAAUACGCGACGCCUGGUAUAGGGAUGAGUACGACAGCCAAUCGGCCGCUUCUUCUGGCCAUCACUUGACGGUUGUUGUCAAUGAUGUGAACAAAUGUCUGGAAUUGAUGGCCAAUAAUACCAUUAGAGUGUGUUUACUUGAAUUGUCGGGAAGUGUUCCCAACGAGUUGUUGAGUUCAUAGGGAACGGGAUUACACUUUCCCGAUCGAGG